AUGGACACUAUACAACUACCAUUGGAUUAUCCCGAGCUAUUUGCAGAUGGUCUGAAGAAACGAUCAGGUAUGCACUUCUUCGCAAGUCUUGUCCUCAUAUGUGGUUACGACGGAACCACUGCAGGAAUAUUAUUAUAUGGUCCUCCAGGCACUGGGAAGACCCUCAUUGCGAAAGCCGUGGCUACCUCAUUCUCUCUGAACUUUUUCUCGGUCAAAGGUCCGGAACUUCUGAACAUGUACAUCGGAGAAUCCGAAGCAAACGUACGACGAGUCUUUCAACGAGCUAGAGACGCCAAGCCUUGCGUUGUAUUUUUCGACGAACUGGAUUCUAUUGCUCCCAAACGUGGAAAUCAAGGAGAUUCUGGAGGUGUCAUGGAUCGUAUUGUGAGUCAGCUUCUUGCUGAACUAGACGGCGCAUCUGGUGGUAGUGGAAGUGCCGACGUAUUCGUCAUUGGUGCGACUAACCGACCAGAUUUACUUGACCCUGCCCUCCUGAGACCUGGAAGGUUCGACAGGAUGUUGUAUUUGGGUGUUAGCCAAACUCAUGAAGCUCAAGUGAAUAUCAUGGAAGCGUUAACACGAAAGUUCCGCCUGCAUCCAGACUUGAAUCUGAAGAUCGUCGCCGAACAAUGUUCAUUCAAUUACACCGGGGCUGAUUUCUACGCGCUCUGCUCCGAUUCGUUACUCAAUGCAAUGUCACGAAAAGCGGAAGAAUUGGAGGAGAAGAUAGCUGAAUUGAACAAGCUACCGCCCCCUUAUCGUCAUCCUCAUCCACUAAGUCCUCAGUACUACCUCGCAGAGAUGGCAUCUGAAGAUGAGAUUCAGGUCUUGGUUACGCAGAACGAUUUUGACCGGGCAGUCCACAAUCUCAUCCCAAGCGUAAGUCAAGCAGAGAUGGAUCAUUAUCGAACAAUACAGAGUCGCUUUUCUAAGAACCAAUCAGGCGUGCAGGAUAACUAG